CUGGUACGUUUUGCAGCUACUCGAGUCAUUAUUGCUUCACUUCAACAAGAGCGCGAGGAAGCAGAGAAGAGGGGAUGAUGGAGAAGCGACACGGCGGCGACGGCGGAGCCGGAGCUGGAGGCUUCACUGUGCUCCACCUCCUCGGCGCCGGUGUCUUGGCGUUCCUGCUGCCGCGGGCCGCCGGAGCGACCGACGAUGCCAAGUGGCACGCCCAUGCCCAUUCCGCCGCUGGCAGCAACGGCGCCGUCACCGUCGGCCACGGUGCCCCCGCGCCCCACGUGCACGCGGCCGGUCUCCCGCCGCUCUCGGCACCGGCGCCCACAGCGGGAGCUGACGACCUGCCGCCACCGCCCGCGCCCGUGCCGACGUCCGUGUCCUCACCGCCGAGCCGCGAGCCCGGCCCGCACUUCGGCUUCCCGCUGCAGCCGGGCCCGGGCACCGCGUCCGCUGCGGCACCUGGGCUGGGACCCGGCGGCGAGGGGUAUCCGUUCAUCGGAAGCAACCCAACGGUGCCGUUGCCCACCGGCACGACCAACACCGCCACCGUGCUGCCGCUGACGGACACCGGGGACGCCGCCGCCGCCGCCACCAAGGUGGUGGGGUUGGCAGCGUCCCUUGGUGCUCGCGUCUCCAUGAUUGGGCUUGGGAUUUCCCUCGCCACCCUGUCCCUGUCCAAGAUCUAAUUAAUCCAAAAUGUGUACUACUGAGAUACUGAUGCUGCUGCCGCCGCUUUCAUCUAAAAUGUGUACUAGCCUUGAGUUUUUGUCAUGGACAGAUCUAGAGAUUUACUGGC